CGCGCAUCCUCCGGCACCGCCGAGCCGCGCCGAGCCGCGCCGGGCCGAGCCCAGCGGGACGAUGAGGGGCAUCCCCUGCUUCUGCACCCUGAUCCUCCUGGCAGGCAUGGCAGCGGCCGCGGGCCCCAGCAGGGACUGCCUGCAGGCGGGCGAGGCGUGCACCACGGACCCCGUGUGCAGCGCCAAGUUCCGCACGCUGCGCCAGUGCAUCGCGGGCAACGGCGCCAACAAGCUGGGCCCCGACGCCAAGAGCCAGUGCCGCAGCACCGUCAGCGCCCUGCUCUCCAGCCAGCUCUACGGCUGCAAGUGCAAGCGCGGCAUGAAGAAGGAGAAGCACUGCCUCAGCGUCUACUGGAGCAUCCACCACACGCUGAUGGAAGGCAUGAAUGUCCUGGAGAGCUCCCCUUACGAGCCGUUCAUCAGGGGCUUUGAUUACGUCCGGCUGGCCUCCAUCACUGCAGGCUCUGAGAACGAGGUGACACAGGUGAACCGGUGCCUGGAUGCCGCCAAGGCCUGCAACGUGGACGAGAUGUGCCAGCGGCUGCGCACGGAGUACGUCUCCUUCUGCAUCCGCCGCCUGGCACGGGCCGACACCUGCAACCGCUCCAAGUGCCACAAGGCCCUGCGCAAGUUCUUCGACCGCGUGCCCCCCGAGUACACCCACGAGCUGCUCUUCUGCCCCUGCGAGGACACGGCCUGCGCCGAGCGCCGGCGCCAGACCAUCGUCCCCGCCUGCUCCUACGAGUCCAAGGACAAGCCCAACUGCCUGGCACCUCUGGACUCCUGCCGGGACAACUACGUCUGCAGGUCGCGCUACGCAGAGUUCCAGUUCAACUGCCAGCCGUCCCCUCAGGCCGCCAGCGGCUGCCGCAGGGACAGCUACGCCGCCUGCCUGCUGGCCUACACCGGCAUCAUCGGCAGCCCCAUCACCCCCAACUACAUUGACAACUCCACGUCCAGCAUCGCUCCCUGGUGCACCUGCAACGCCAGCGGGAACCGGCAGGACGAGUGCCAGAGCUUCCUGCACCUCUUCACCAACAACAUCUGCCUCCAAAACGCCAUUCAGGCCUUUGGCAAUGGGACUCACCUGAACACAGCCGUGGCCCCGUCCAUCCCCCCCACCACACAGAUGUACAAGCAGGACAGAAAUGCCAACAGAGCUGUGGCGACCCUCAGAGAGAACAGCUUGGAGCACCUCCAGCCCACCAAGGUGGCUGGAGAGGAGAGGCUCCUGCGUGGCUCCACUCGUUUGUCCUCAGGCACCUCCAGCCCAGCAGCCCCUCCGUGCUGGGCGGCCUCUCUGCUGCAGAUGUGGCUCCUCCUGGCCCCUGCUGUGCUCAGCCUCCCCGUGAUGUGAGGAGGGCUGGCACUCACCCUGAGAAACUCGAUCUGUGUUGGUUUCUGUGCUCAACAACCAGACCAGUAACUUUUUCAGGAGGAGAGCAGGGAGAAGGGAGGGGAAGGGAAGGUGAGGUGAGUGUUUAGGCAUCCCUUCCUCCUCCUCACCUGUCUGCCAGUUUAUUUGAUUUUAUAUGAUCAGCGUUGUUGACAACCAGCUCAUUCCUGGUCCUGGCCACCUUUCCACACCACAUCUUGGUUGUUGUUUCUCCAGCUCUCUAUGGAUAGGCCUGAAGCCAUGGACAAUUCCCUUGGAAAAGGUGAAGGAGAGACGUGAUCCAAGAAAUGAGAGCUGCAAAGGAAAUGCUUUUUCCUGCCCCAGCCAAGAGGGGAAAGACUUUGGACGGAUGGGUGACUGGAUGACCUGUGAGGAGGUUUCCUGAAGCCCACCCUGAGGGGCUCCUGACAGGACAUGGGGAGUUCAGACUGUCUACACGGUUCCUCAGGACCUGAAGGACAGCACACCUGGUUCCCUCAGACUGAAGAAACCAGAAGACUGGUGGGAAGGUGGUUGGUUUUGUUCACUGGAGAGGAGCCUGAAGCACCUCUGGGGAGGACCAAGUAACCACACUCUGAACUGGCUGGCAGGGAUUAUCCACCCUCUCAAAACCAUGGCCAGAGUGCAACCAGCAUCCACGUCCCAGUGUCACCUCCCCUCGGGCCCUCCCUCUUGGGGAAACCUGUGUCCUGUAUUGAUGGUAAUCAGGAAGAAACAUGUGUGUUGCAUUUUGUUUAUGGCUGAAUUUUUUGUGUCCCAACCCAAACACCUCUAUCCACUGGUCCUGUUCAGUGUUUUGGGGCAUUUUUGCCACAUCCAAACAACCAGAGGCCAAUAUUGUCCCACUCCAAGCUACCCUUUCUCCAUCAGGGGCCAAUGUGUGAGCCCAUGGGCAGGGUUUGACCUGAGCCCAACACAUCCCACUCUCACCUGCUCAUCCUCUGGUCUCACUGGCACAGGGUCUCCAGCCAUGGGAUUUCAUUUGUUUUCCUGGGAAGAGAUAGGAUAGGAGGGGUUUGCUAGAAACCACCCUGGAGACAGAAAUACCCAGCCAAGAAAGGCCAGUCAUGAAUUAUAUAAUGGGUAGGGACUGGAUUGCUAUAGUUUCCCCUCCUUGGAAAACUGGCAGAGGCAACCCCCAGUGUCCAGAUGAGCAGGCCAAGGGCUUUGCCUCAUGCCUGUUCCUGUUUUAUCAGUGAGGAUGUCAUUUAAGCAAGGGAUGCUGAAGUGACCCUUUCUUCUGAGCCACAGCCAGGGCCCAGGGGAGGAAAGUGAGGAUCAAUGUCUCUCUGGUGUCCCGGGGCACCUUUAUGCAGGUGUGUGACCCUGGGCUACCUGAGCAUCCCAUCUUUCCUGAGGAGCUGAGCUGAGGAGUCCCAGUGCCCUCCUGGGGGGCUGAGCCCUUUACUAAAGCCAGGAAAGAAGAUGGUAAGGAAGAGUGAGAAGGUUUCCCAGGAUAAAUGCUUACCCAGGCUGAGUGCCAUGGGAGGAAGAGCAAUAGCCCCAGAAUCCCCUGAGUGUGUUUAGGCCUGGCCUUUGCAGCAGUCCAUUUAUUCCUAUAAUAAAUAUCAUUAAUUCCUUGGCAUUUGAAUGCAUGGAAAGGCUUAGGAAGCAUCUGACACAGCAAAGUCCAUUGCUUUGUAGUCCCAUUUCCUGCAAAACCUCUCCCAUUGCUUAUUGCUUCAGAUUUUCUAAGAAACUGCAGCAACUUCCUUGGCUCUUGCUCCAACAAGAAACCACUCUGGUUUUCAGCUGAACACCUGUGGAUGUGUCUGACAUGAGCAGAAAUUCUCCUCCUGCUGCAUCCUGUCCACAGUGCUGCUCCCUGAGGUGCUCAGGGCUGUAGCACCUGGUUUUCAGGGCUGUGCAAAGGAGACACCAAGCUCCAGGGCUUGUGUGCAGGGUGAAAGUCUCACCCUGAGCCAAAGGCUGUGUGUGAGAACUUCUUGGCCAAGAGGCUCACUGUGACCAGGAAAGCAGACCAGGAGGGAGAGCUGCAGGCAGGAAAUCCUUUCAAAGUGACCCCAGACAUGCACAGAGCUGCUGUGAAGGUCUCCCCUUUGCCCAGGACAGCAGUGUCUCCUGAGAGGCCAAGUGACACAAAGCUUGUGCCCUCUCAGCUGCAGUGGAGAGGGGUGAAACCCUGACUGCUCAGCCCUCCAAGGCAAGGAACUACCUCAGCACCACGAGGUCAUGCUGGGAAUUGCACCCUUCUGCCCCGUUCCUUUCCAGUCCUGUAGUCACGCUCUGCUGUCCACAAUCAAAGCAGUCUCCAGCAGCUUUCAGUCGUGCCCAGGCUCAGCAUCUGCACAGGGUGGGGAUGCAAGUGUCAGCUCCUUCCCGGGAGCACUCACUCCCGUGUCUCUCACAUGGUGAAAUGCCACUUUGCCAUUUCCUUCUCAUUCAGCAGAGAGAGGUCAGGAUGCCUCACCUCUCCCUGCAGACUGGUAUGCUGUAAAAAGAGGUGUGGAGAAUCCUGCUCAAGGACAGGAUGGGAUGGAGACCUCCAGAGGUUACCUCACCCCAGUACCAUGUCCCACAUCAGCACCUACUUUAGUGAUUUCAAUGAGAGACAUCAUCAUCUCCCCAGGGUUUACAUCACAGGAUCAUGAAAUGGCUCAGGUGGGACCUUAAAGCUCAUCCUGUUCCAGCCCCCUGCCAUGAGCAGGGUCACUUCCAUCAGACCAGGCUUCCCAAGCCCAUCCAGCCUGGCCUCCAGGGCUGUCCUGCUUUAAAGGCUCUGCAGAUGCUAAUUGUCUCACUGCAGAUCCCCAGUUCCCAUGUCCUGUCCUCCAAGCCCUGUCCCAGGCCAGCUCCUGCCCUCCCGGGGGUUCCUUGGGGUUCAGGGAUGCUUUGGGAUGAAAUGAGUGAGGCACAGAGCAAGGAGCCUCUCACCCAGCAGGAAGGAGCAGGAAUUAACAAAAAAAAAAAAAUCCCCAAACUUUCAUGGCUUUGUUCUGAUAAUUUUACUCUUUCCACCAAUAUUUAAUGUUGAUUCUCCCUCCAAGCCUGCUCAUGAAUCAAACUGUGCAAAAAAUGAUGACUUUUGAACCUUUCUGCUGGAGGAAGCAAACAUGAUGACUCUCCUCCCACCCACCAACAUGUGUGCACAGACCACUGCUUUUUCCUUGUGAAAAGUCAGUAAUUUUUUUGGAUGAAAUUCCAUCUCUGCUGAAUUCUGUGAAGUGAACCAUGGAUCUUCAUUUUUAAGUCUCUUGAUUAACCACAGAAGUCAUAGCAGCUGCUUGUAAAGGCAAAAGACUGAGCGAGCCAAGAGACAGAAAGGGAGACAAUUUUUUUUAGGAAUUACUCCAUUCCUGACAACUUCCAUAAGCACAAAGAAGAAUCAUGGGAAAAAAUAAAGAAAAAAACCACAGUUAAAGAACCAGCCAGACUUUCUGUAGCCACUGAACUCUAUUUUUUGGCUGCACAGCACUUCUCCCAGUGUUUGGCAGCCCUGAGAGCCUGUGAAAUAUUGUGUGUGUACUUAUACCUGUCCUGCCACGUCACAUCCAGCAUUGUCCAGGCGGGAGCAGGAGCUGGGAGGGAGACCUGGGGUGGGAGAUGGUGCUGGGGCAGGAACCCCUGUGUGCCCCUGCUCGAGGGGAGGGGUCAAACUUGUACUUACCUUUUCUGUACAUGUCAAUAUUCAAACAUAUCCAUGAAUAAAGCACACACGCAUUUUCCUGA